AUGGUCCAGAUCACUCUCCCUGAGAACUACGGCGCGGCCGUUGCUGUCGCCCUUGGCGUCAUUCCCGUCCUGGGCUUCAUCCACGGCUGCAUCACCACCGGCCUGCGCAAAGCCGCCAAGGUCCCCUACCCGCACUGCUAUGCCACCGUCGAGCAAUGCAAGGAGAACGCCAAGGCUGAGCAAUUCAACUGCGCCCAGCGCGCCCACUCCAACUUCCUCGAGAACGCCCCCCAGACCAUGCUGUUCACCCUCGUUGCGGGCCUGAAGUAUCCCCAGCUGGCGGCGGGCAUUAGUGCCGCUUGGGUGGUGCUGCGCGCGCUGUUCCUGUACGGGUAUAUCUACUCGGGCAAGCCACAGGGUAAGGGCCGGAUGUUGGGUGGGUUCUUCUGGCUUGCGCAGGGUGCGCUGUGGGGAUUGAGUGUGUUUGGUGUGGCCCGGGAUUUGAUCUCUUACUAG